GCUAACUAUAAACGGAGAUUGUUCUCCGUGUACAGUGUUCUUGGUUUUGAGCUCAUAAAAUACGAUGUGUUAAAUUGCAAAGCAUAUUGUGCAAGUAAAUAUGGAAGCAAGGGGGUUAAAUGAGGAGUUCAGAAAUGUUUACCCAUCUGCCUUCGAGGCGCACUCAAGCCGGUCUGCGUCAGAAACUCCGAUGUUCUCCGCGGCGGAACGACCGACUUCGACAAGCGCCGAGUCUCUCACUCCUUACGUUUCUUUUCCAGCCAACAUUGGCACUAGCUCCUCAGUCACUUUUGGAUGUCGUUUCGGAAAUAGUUGUUAUAGUUGCAAAUUUCCACAGAACGCCAUGUUUCCGUCUAGUGUUGUAAAACAAAAUGCGAAUGGACAGUCUGCCAGUAAACCCGUGGACUAUUGUGACGGCUGGCUUAAGGAGUUCGCUUUUUACCAAAGUUACACAGGUUCCUACCCAAGAAUCCACCCUGCCUAUAUUGAUUUACCUGUAGUUAAUAGAACAAUGACCGGAGAUUCCAGACAGGAUACUUGCUUGACAAUGGAAGGCCACCAGCCAUGGAACUGGUCAAACAAUUGCAGCGGUCAACUUUAUUGCUCCAAAGACCAGACGCAGAGCCCGCAUAUCUGGAAGCCAUCAUUAACAGGUAAGACUUGUGAGAUCUGCGCUGUGAAUCACUCCUCGCCUCUCUUCAUUAGUUUUUGA